AUGUCCAAAAGGCGCCAUGCAGUGUUCGACGUUCUGGACGAGCUGUCUAAUGAAGAAAUUCGAAAUCGUAUACUUGUUCACGGUGGACCGAAUCUUCCCGUGACGGAUCAAACACGGGGAAGGUUGCUGGAAGUGCUGCGUGAGUAUAUCGACAAAUCGAAACAGCACAGCCAUCAGCAGGAGACAAAAAACCUCGAAACAAAUGCACCCAAAUGUUCAACACGAAAUAACGAUGUAAAUAUACACAGCUCUCCCAGACCGUCUAUAACAACAACUCCCGUAUAUGAAGAUGAUAUCGUUGAAGAAAUAGAAAUAUAUGAAAGAAAUAUCGCUGAAGUCUUUCCGUUGAAACUUAUCGUUUCCUGCACACUCGUAUUCAUGUUCAGCAUCAUCAUAUAUUAUGUGGUAAACAAAUUGAUGUACCAUGUAAAAUUCAUGUAA